AUGAAAGUCAUUCACAAAGUCCUCUGCCUCCUGGAUACAGCAGAGGAUGUACAAGCACCUACUUUCAUAGAAAGCAAGAUGCCCUUCUGUAUGAGGGAUCUUCGAGAUCUUAGCCAAGGUCCUUCCUACAUUCUAAAUCCUAUCCUCACAUCCACAGUUGGCCAGCAAAGCUCUGAAGUCCUCAACGGCUUCUUUGCUAAGUCGGUGGAAACCAUGCUGGAUGCUUCUAUGUCCUCUCCUAUGAAGGAUGACGAGAAGCAUCUCAUUCGGAUUCUGUUGAAGAGCUUUGCUUCCAAUCAGCUGGGCGCUCCAAACUGCAAGGUUCUUCUCCAUGGGCCUUUUAACCCCUAUGAACUGAAGUGCCAUAGUCUGACCAGAAUGUCCAAAUUCAGAUGUGUGUGGAUUGAGAAAGAGAGCAUCAACUCUGUCGUCAUCAGUGACAGCCCUGCCGACCUGCACCAGAGGAUGCUGGUUGCAGCGUCAUUCUCAGUUCAUGAGACUGGGUCUACCAUGCUCCUGAGAGAGACCUCCCUGAUGCCUUACAUCCCAGGCCUCCCAGCUCUCCUCAGCGUGCUGUUUGCACCAGUGAUGGAGUUAAGAGUUGACCGUGAUGGAAAAUGCUAUACUGGCGUCCUUUGUGGUUUGGGAUGGAAUUCAACUACGGAGGCCCCUAUACUGCCAGAGCACGACAUUGAGCUGGCCUUUGAGUGCUUCGACGUGGAGGACAUUGUUGAGAUUAAUAUUCUCAGGGCUGCUAUCAACAAGCUAGUAUGUGAUGGGCCAAAUAGAUCCAAGUAUCUUGGGCCUGAAAGAAUUGCGCAGUUACAGGAGAACGCACAUCAGAAACUUCUAGCCUUGCUCUGUUGGUUGAAGCCUCGAGAGAAGAUUAUUCCGAAAUGGCAUGAAAAACCCUAUGAGUGGAACCAGGUGGAUCCAAAGCUGGUCAUGGAGCAGGCUGACUGGGAAGGCAGGUGUGGGAAGAACACUUUCCUGUACCAGCUUCACAGGCCUCUCGUGCUCAGCCCCUGA